AUGCCUCUCGUCGUUCCCGGAAUCAACAACACCUCUGGUGGUGCCAGCCAAGAGGAGUGGCUCAACAAGCUGGCGGGGAAGAAACUCACUGAGUCGUCGAGUGAUGUGACUUCAUUUGCGAAGAAGGACCUCCCCCAGCAACACCGUGUGCUCAAGCCUGGUGAUGCUAAGACAAUGGACAUGAGGCCAGAACGGAUGAACAUCCACUUGGGUGACGAUGGCACUGUUCAUGAUGUGACCUUUGGCUAG